AUGUCGACAAAGACAAUCCCUGCACCUCUGGACGGCAAAGUGGCCCUCGUGACGGGCGGGUCACGCGGCAUAGGCCGUGGCAUCGCGAUCCAUUUCGCCGCCAAGGGGAUUUCCAAGAUCGCCAUCACGUACAACGGGAACACUGCCGCGGCGGAGGAAACGCUGGCAGAAAUCCGCAAAGUCAACUCCAACACAACAGCCACGGCGAUACAGGCGGACGUGCUGUCCCCGACCUUUGCCUCCGACCUGGUGCCCAGGGUGCUGCAGGACCUCUCGACUGCACGCAUCGACGUGGUCGUGUGCAAUGCGGCGUAUCUCAACCCCAGCAUCGUGGCCCCAAUCGCCAGCGCGACCAAGGAACUCUUCGACAACCUGAUGACCGGCAACGCGUGGGCGCCCGUGCAGCUCUUCCUUUCCGCGCUUCCGUACAUUCCCCGAGGCGGCCGCGUGAUCAUGAUCGGCAGCUCCGCGUCCAGGACGCCGAAUGCGGACCCGGCGGUGUGCUACGGCGCGUCCAAGGCCGCAUUGGACAGCUUCACGCGCAGCCUCGCCCUGAUUUUCUCCGCCCCCCACGGCAUCACCGUCAACUCGGUGUCGGCGGGCCCCGUCAUGACCGACCUGCUGAAGGUGCCCCUCGAGCAGGGCUUGCUUCCGGACGACUUCAUCGCGGGCCUUGCGAGCAGGAACACGGCAGCGAAGAGGAUGGGCGAGGUCGACGAUAUCGCGGGCAUUGUGGCCUUUCUUGCCAGCGACGAGAGCAGGUGGAUCAAUGGGAACAACGUCCCUGCGAACGGAGGCGCUCUUCUCGAGGCGCAGGGGUAG